AUGCCCGGAGAAGCGAUCGGCGGCGGCGGCGGGCGCGAGCCGCGGCGACCCGGGCUAGGCAGGGCGCGGGGCGCAGGCGGCGUGCACGGCGGCCCGGCCCCCCGGCGGGAGGGCCAUGCUCGCCCCUCGGGGCUCGGGCGCGGGGCCGCCGCGGGACCCCCACGCGCGCCUCUGGAGCUCGCGGGCUGCCCGCCUGCCGAGCGCCGGGCGGUGCGGCCUCGGCGGCCGGGCCCGCGUGUCCGUAUUUAUAGGUGCGCGCGCCCCGCGCUCGCGCUCCGGAGCGCUCUUUGCAAUAACACAGUAUCACGUGUGGGGAGUGGAACCUGGGAGGAAAACAAAGCCGGGGGCGGAGGCGGGCGGCGGGAGGAAGAGGAGGAGGACGGGGAGCGGGGCGCGUGGCGGGGCGGGGAAGGGCCGGGCAGCGCGGGGCGUCCCAGCGGCUCCCCGAGCGCGCGGAAGCCAGGACCUAACACUCAGAAAAACAACCUGGAACUUCCUCUUCUUCUCUGGGAAAACAUCAACAGGGUCGAGGACGUAGCUGGCCCUGGUAGAGGCCAGGGUCACGGUCACGGAGCUCGUGGAGGUAAGGCAGAAGACAAGGAAUGGAUCCGCGUCACCAAACUGUGCCACCUGGAUGAGGGGUUGAAGAUUAUGCCUGUGCCCAAGCAGACUCGAGCUGGCCAGUGCACCAGGUUCAAGUCAUUUGUAGCCACUGGCAACUACAAUGGCCAUGGCUGUCUGAGUGUUAAGUGCUCCAAGGAGGUGGCCACUGCCAUCCGGGGGGCCAUCAUCUUGGCCAAGCUCUCCAUCGUCCCUGUGCAGUGAGGUUACUGGAGGAACAAGAUUGGCAAGCCUCACACUGUCCCGUGCCAGGUGACAGGCCGCUGCGGUUCUGUGCUGGUGCGCCUCAUUCCUGCUCCCAGAGGCACUGGGAUUGUGUCAGCUCCUGUCCCCAAGAAGCUGUUGAUGAUGGCUGGCAUCUAUGACUGCUACACUUUAGCCAGAGGCUGUACUGCUACCUUGGACAACUUCGCCAAAGCCACUUUUAUUGCCAUCUCCAAGAACUACAGUUACCUGACCCCUGACCUCUGGAAAGAGACCGUGUUCACCAAAUCUCCUUAUCAGGAAUUCACUGCCCAACUUGUGAAAACCCACACCAGCGUCUCCGUGCAGAGGACCCAGGCUCCAGCUGUGGCUACCACAUAGAAUUUUAUACAAGAAUAAUAAAGUGAAUCAAGCCUGUU